UGGCUUCCGGGCGCGCUGGGCUGAAGCGCUGCGGCGGAGUCGCCCCUGUCCUUUCCGUGGGGAGCAUCUGAGGACCUACCUGGGAUUGGGGAAUCAGUGCCACCUAAAUUGUUUGAUCCAGUGAAUCUGCAAGUAAAGGUCUCUGAGGCCCCCGUCUGCUGACUGCAUGACAAACCCUAAAGGAAAUGCCAGUCGUGGUGGCCCGGGACCUGGAGGAGACAGCAUCAUCCUCAGAGGAUGAGGAGGUGGUAAGCCAAAAGGACCAUCCGUGUAUCAUGUGGACCGGAGGCUGCAGGCGAAUUCCAGUUCUGGUAUUCCAUGCCGAGGCUAUUCUGACCAAGGACAACAAUAUUCGAGUCAUUGGAGAACGUUAUCAUUUGUCUUACAAGAUUGUGCGAACAGACAGUCGCCUAGUACGCAGCAUUCUGACAGCCCAUGGAUUUCAUGAAGUUCACCCAAGCAGCACUGACUAUAACCUGAUGUGGACAGGAUCCCACCUGAAGCCCUUCCUACUUCGCACCCUCUCUGAAGCACAAAAGGUUAAUCACUUUCCCAGAGAUGAAGGUACUGAGAGGUCGGGAACUUACCAUUCAUACUCAAAGGACCGGGGACCUUGGAUAGUAAAACCAGUGGCCUCUUCUAGGGGGCGGGGCGUCUACCUGAUCAACAAUCCGAACCAGAUUUCCCUGGAAGAGAACAUCCUGGUCUCCCGUUACAUUAACAACCCCCUGCUCAUAGAUGAUUUCAAGUUUGAUGUGCGCCUCUAUGUGCUUGUGACUUCCUACGAUCCUCUUGUCAUCUAUCUCUAUGAAGAAGGGCUGGCUAGAUUUCAUGGAGUGUCCUGGGACCAGGGUGUGGAAUUAAGGAAUGUUUUCCUAAAGAUUAAAAGGACAAGUAUUUGUAGAAAACCUGGCUUCUACAUUAGUUGUGACGACCCCGAAGUGGAGGAUUAUGGGAACAAAUGGAGCAUGAGCGCCAUGCUUCGGUAUCUGAAACAAGAAGGCCGAGAUACGGCUGCAUUGAUGGCCCAUGUGGAAGACCUGAUUAUUAAGACUAUCAUCUCUGCUGAACUAGCUAUUGCUACAGCCUGUAAAACCUUUGUUCCUCACCGCAGCAGUUGUUUUGAGCUCUAUGGCUUUGAUGUGCUCAUAGAUUCUACUCUGAAGCCAUGGUUGUUGGAAGUAAAUCUCUCUCCUUCUUUGGCCUGUGACGCACCUCUGGACCUAAAGAUUAAAGCCAGUAUGAUUUCAGAUAUGUUCACUGUUGUAGGGUUUGUGUGCCAGGAUCCCGCCCAGCGGGCAUCAACCCGGCCAAUUUAUCCUACCUUUGAGUCUUCCAGGCGAAACCCUUUCCAGAAACCUCAGCGUUCCCGUCCACUCUCUGCCAGUGAUGCGGAAAUGAAAAACCUUGUGGGCUCAGCCCGAGAGAAGGUGCCGGGGAAGUUAGGUGGUUCUGUGCUUGGUCUGUCCAUGGAGGAGAUCAAAGUUUUACGGAGAGUGAAGGAAGAAAAUGACCGGAGAGGUGGAUUUAUUCGCAUAUUCCCUACAUCAGAGACAUGGGAAAUAUAUGGGUCCUACCUCGAACACAAGACGUCCAUGAACUAUAUGCUGGCAACACGUCUCUUCCAGGACAGACUGGUUGUUGACGGAGCACCGGAAUUGAAGGUAGAGAGUAUGAACUCCAAGGCAAGGCUGCACGCUGCCCUCUACGAGAGGAAGCUCCUGUCCUUGGAGGUGCGGAAACGGCGACGACGGAAUGGCAGAUUGAGGGCAACGAGGCCAAAAUACCCAGUGAUCACUGAACCAGCUGAUAUGAAUGUUAAAACUGAGACAGAGAGUGAAGAGGAGGAAGUUGCAUUAGACAAUGAAGACGAAGAACAAGAGGUUUCCCAGGAGGAGUCUGUGGGGUCCCUUGGAGAAAAUCAAGCCAAGUACACCCCCCCACUGACUGUUAUGGUAGAAAAUUCAGCCAAAGAAAAUGCCAUGAAAGCUUCUGAAUGGAAUAAUAAAGGUGAGCAGUGCUACAAAGUUGAGUCUCAGGAGCCAGCGCCUAAAUUUAACCUGAUGCAGAUUCUGCAAGAUAACGGCAAUCUUAGCAAAGUGCAGGCCCGAAUAGCGUUCUCUGCCUAUCUCCAGCAUGUUCAAAUCCGCCUGAUGAAAGACAACAGAGGUCAAACGUUCAGUGCCAGCUGGGCUGCAAAAGAGGAUGAACAGAUGGAGUUAGUGGUUCGCUUCCUUAAACGAGCAUCAAGUAACCUGCAGCACUCAAUGAGGAUGGUAUUACCCAGUCGACGAUUGGCACUUCUGGAACGCAGAAGAAUCUUGGCCCACCAGCUGGGUGAUUUUAUUAUUGUGUACAACAAGGAAACAGAACAGAUGGCCGAAAAGAAAUCAAAGAAGAAACUUGAGGAAGAGGAGGAAGAUGGGGUGAAUACAGAAAACUUCCAGGAGUUCAUCAGACACGCAAGUGAGGCUGAACUGGAAGAGGUGUUGACUUUUUAUACCCAAAAAAACAAGUCUGCAAGUGUCUUCCUGGGGACUCACUCAAAGAGUUCUAAAAACAACAACAGUUAUUCUGACAGCAGGGCAAAGGGUGAUCACCAUGAGACAAUGGAAGAAGUGAAAAUAAAGCAGCCCAAGCAGCAGCAGGCAACAGAUAUUCAGUCAGAUAAAUUAUCUCGAUUUACCACUUCGGCAGGAAAAGAGGCUAAAUUAGUCUAUACCGAUUCUUCCUCUGCUUCUUUUUCUGGUCCUGCUGCCACUCUUCUGCAGAAAACUCCCAGUACCCACUUGUCACCCGUUAUUACAACCUCUGACCUCUCACCAGGGCCUGGCCACCCUUCUCCUUUACCUCAGACUCCUCCAGCCAGCCAGAGCAUGUCUCACCAGCCAGCAGUUGUCCUGAGCACAGUCCCUGACGGUGCUUCUCCCUUCACACACCCUGGGACCCAGAACGCUCCAAGCCCGGCCGGCCUGCCACGCUGUCGAUCAGGCAGUUACACCAUUGGCCCCUUUUCCUCUUUCCAAAGUGCCGCACACAUCUAUAGCCAGAAACUGUCUCGUCCCUCUUCAGCAAAGGCAGGUUCAUGCCAUCCAAACAGGCUGCAUUUGGGAGUGGCUAAAACACCCAAAGAGGGAGAAGACGGCUCUCCGUCCAGCAAACGGUACAACCCGAGCAUGGUCACGGCCGAGCUCCAGCGGCUGGCUGAGAAGCAGGCAGCCAGGCAGUACUCCCCGUCCACCCACAUCAGCCUCCUCACCCAGCAGGUAACAAACCUGAAUUUGGCAAGUGGCAUCAUAAACAGAAGCAGUGCUUCAACCCCCCCCACCCUUCGGCCUAUGAUCAGCCCUAAUGGCCCGAUAUGGUCCAUACAGCCGGACGUCCCAGCUCCUGAGAGCCACCCCACCCCUCCUGGAAGCAGGAGCCUUCAAACAGGUGGCUUUGCCUGGGAGGGAGAGGUAGAGAACAACGCGUAUAGCAAGGCUACCGGGGUGGUCCCUCAGCACAAGUAUCACCCCACAGCGGGCAGUUACCAACUCCAUUUUGCCCUGCAGCAACUUGAACAGCAAAAACUUCAGUCCCGGCAGCUUCUGGACCAGAGUCGAGCCCGGCAUCAGGCCAUCUUUGGCAGCCAGACACUACCUAACUCCAACUUAUGGACAAUAAAUAAUGGUGCAGCUUGCAGAAUUUCAAGUGCCACAGCUAGUGGCCAGAAGCCAACCACUCUAUUGCAAAAAGUGGUGCCACCUCCAAGUUCUUCCUCCUCACUGGUCCCCAAGCCCCCAGCCAAUCACAAACAAGUCCUCAGGAAGACGACAUCCCAGAGGGCCUCCAAAGCCUUCACAGAAGGGCAGCUGAAUGGACUCCAGAGCAGCCUUAACUCUGCAGCCUUUGUGCCCAUCACCAGCUCCGCAGACCCUGCUCACUCUAAAAGAUGAGCCACGACCACCCGGAGGAAGAAACUGUUUGCCGUCCGGCCGCUGGCCUGGGCUGUGACGCAGGCUGCGAGGGGUCCAUGGUAUUUUUUUUUUUUUUUUUUGGCGGCCUCAGUCCCCAGAGCUUGGAGCAGCGGUGGCAGUAGACUGUUGCCAUUCAGCCACUCCAGACUUUUACUGAGACAACAGGAAACACCUCGGCAGGGUUUGGAUUGAACAUGGCAAUGGGGACGUUCAGCUGAUAACGUUGUGUACCCCGUCAGAGCACACUUGUAUCUUUUACCCCUUUUACCUCCUCCCCCCAACCUGCUUAGGCCUUCUCUGUCCCUCUCCUGCGACCACACAGAGAUGAUAUAAAAGAGGCUCUUUGGCUAUUUGCAUUUUGCUUCCUCUUCUUUUCCAGAUGGCAGUAUUAAGCUUUACUUCCUACAAGCCUAAAACCCCAAGAACAGUAUCUACCAAAGUUGUCCUUCCCUUUUUGAGGGUUUGGGGGAAGGGGGAAGCGUACAUCACAAGUUUCCCAGGGAGUGGAGGAAAGCGGGUUUGCUGCUGACCACAUGAGCCAUGGUAAGGGCACCCUUUGGAAUUACUGAUUUCUAAAAUAAUAAAGUAAUUCUAUUUUUA